CUAUACAUCUGACUCGAGCCUUACCACUGACAGUGCUUGGAAUAUGCAUGUCCUUAUUUUGAUGCUGCUUUCUGCUGUGGGUGCACGUAAAGCCGUGUCCCAGCAGACGCUGAUGUGUCCCUAUGAACUAAACCAUGAGGGUCUGCAGAGAGUUUGGUGCAGGCAGAGCUCCGCUGACUGUUGCACCGGCUUCACCUUCAACGAGAGCGCACAUUUCUUGGAUGGAGGCAAACUAGAGGUCACUCAUGGCUUGGAUUCCUUCACUGUGGCCGUGCUGAAGCCCAGUCAUGGAGGGGGAGUGUACUGGUGCGGUGUGCUGAGUAACAAUGGCACCAUCAUCAAGCUGGCUGAACACGACAUCCACACAGCCUGGGGCUUUUACAUCUGGAGCAUUGCUCGCUGGGUUCUGCUGCCUGUGAUGCCCAUGGUGGUCAUUUUCACCAACUUUUACUCCAGAAGAAUACGUCCAAACAUGCGUAAGGAAACAGACAGGCUCUGAUGAUGUACCGCCAUCCUGCAGAGAGAAACUUCUCUGAGCUGGAGUGAUGAGGAGAAAUUUAUCUAGAUUUUGGAGGCCUUUUUUUCUUUAACUAACACAUUACUAAAGAAACACUGUAAGAGGGAUAAUAGAGAAAUAUAAAGAGAAAAUAAGGAAUAGCUCACAGGCAGCCAUGCUAUUUUUUUUAUUAUAUUUUAAAUUUAACAGUAAAAAACAACCCUUUUAUUUUCAUCAUAACAGCAAGACAUUGUCUGAUGCCAACAGAUAAUAAUAAAACUACACAUAAUCGUAGAGUAUAAACAGCGUGACAUGCAGUGAGGGGCAGUUAUUUCAGAGUCCCCAGGCAAAGACCAGUGUGUGGACAUUUUUCAUUGUGUCUAAUGCAAUCAAAGCAAAGUAGAGGGACGUUUUGAAGCGUUUCUUUUCAGUUUAAAAAACAUCCCAAUAGUUAAACAUGUUUGAAAGAAAAGUGUUUUUAUAGAUAAAAUUAAUAUUUGUGGACUACAGGUGAAAUAUCAGUUCUUGUGCCAUAAAUCCUGAUUUAUUUGAUGCCACUUUACCACACAGUAGUCCUCAAUUUACUGAUUUGAUAUCUCAGGAUUGGUCUAGCUUGCUUUAACUUGUUUGAUAUAAAAACAUGGUUGAGCUUUUUUAAUAGCAUUGAAGCCAGUAGGGCAGUGAUACUCAACGUGUGGCUCUUUAUGUCUGAGUUUGAAACAUUAUUCCUGUUAUUGCCAC